GGCAACGAUACAUACAAUGAACCGAUAAUUAUUGUCAUUUUUAGGGUUACAAUUGAACAAAAUUUGGGAAUAGGACCUUUUAUAUAUGUUGUUUGUUGCUAUGGAAUUUCUAGAAAGUGGAUUUGCUGCAUUAAUGAUUGUCGCGCAACCCAGAUUUUCUGAAGCUGCUAUUGAGAUGCAACCACUGCAAAUAUGACAAACUAUGAAAUAGCCCGUCUAGGUGAUGCCCACUGCCACUUGAGUACGUCUUUAACUUUGGAGGCUUCCAAGGCAGUGGUGGAACUUGUGAAUAAACAGUAUCAAUUGCCCUCACGGUUUUUUAAGGUGAUGUCCACCAACCAUCUCGAUGUGCACAUCCUCGAUGAUAUGAUGGAUCACUUAAAAUCUCCGGUAUUCCAAGGCUUCUUUGGGAUUCAUCCAUGGUACACACAUCUAUUCACUACUCUCUCCGAUACAAAUACAGAAACGCUCAAGGAAAUACACUAUAAUGAGAUUUUAUCGCCAGCACCCUCACCGGAGUUAUUAGCGGUACUACCAAUACCAAUUGACCUCCACAAACACUCGAAAGCUAUACAAAGCCUAUUACACAAACACCCUGGCUCUGGAAUUGGUGAAAUUGGUCUUGAUAAGAUGUUUCGGAUCCCUUCAAACGGGUACUAUGGAAACCAGGACCUGAAUAACUCCGAGGUGAAGCUAAGCGCUUGCAGAGUUAAAAUCGACCAUCAAGUGGCGAUACUACGAGUCAUGCUACAGCUUGCUAAUGACUUGCAACGGCCUGUUUCUCUUCACUGUGUCAAAGCUCAUGGGCCACUUUUUGAUAUAGUUCGAGAAUAUCACCAGAUUCCCCAAGUAAUUCUUCACUCAUUCAGCGGGUCGGUGGACCAGGGGCGCCGGUGGGUGGCAGAGUAUAGGAAGCGGGACCAGGACCUCGGGUUCUCGUUCUCGCACUAUAUAAAUGGUGUGGAAGACAAACGGCUGCAACUUAAUGAGUUGGUUGGGUAUCUCGAUGAUAGUCAGAUCCUAAUUGAAACAGAUAUCAGUAUCGACAAGCAUUUGGAGAGGGAUUAUACCGACCAUCUCUUCGGUAUUGCCGAGACCAUUCGUGUAAGUCGAGGCUGGGACCUCGAGAGGUUCUAUGCUAUUAUAAAGCAGAACUUGUACAAACAUACUCACUGAUCAACUGGUGUUCCCAACAUGAUGUAGAUGUGCAAAUGUAGACACCAUAUUAGUAGCAAUGCAUACCUCAACCUGCUGGCCUACAAA